AUGGAGGAGGAACAUGACUACAUCAAGGAGGAGGAGGAGGAGGAUGGGCCCGAGCAAUGCCCCAAAUUCGUGCUCGAGCACCGCCACGAGCGCCUCGAGUACCUCGACAGCCCAGACGCCUACCCCGAGAGCUACCCGGCGACGUGGGACACGAAGGUAGGCGAGCUCGACACGCACUGGCUGUCGCGCCGGUUCGCACACAUCGGGCGGUACCAGGCGGCCUUCGAGGAGAAGCUCUUCGCGGCGUGCGAGCUGCUGCACACGCUCACGGAGGACGCCGACAUCCGGGCGGCGAACGUCAGCGAUCUCGACCGGUGCUGCCCCCCUUCGGACCCGCGAAGCGUUGGCGCCCAGGCCGAUCUGCUGCGACUGGAAGCACGGCUCCACGAGCAACAGGUGCUCGUGUUCAAUCUGAUACACUGGGCGCAGGACUGGUGCCCUAUACAGGCCGGAAUCGAGGUUAAGCUUUGA